GGUCAGAGACUGCAGACAUAGUACAGGAAAUGGUCAGAGACUUCAGACAUACUACAGGUGAUGGUCAGAGACUGCAGGCAUAGUACAGGAAAGGGUAAGAGACUGCAGACAUAGUACAGGUGAUGGUUAGAGAUUGCAAAUAUACUACAGAAGAUGCUCAGAGACUGCAGACAUACUGCAGAUGAUGGUCAGAGAUUGCAGAUAUACUACAGGAGAGGUUCAGAGACUGCAGACAUAGUACAGGAGGUGAUCAGAGACUGCAGACAUAAUACAGGAGGUGAUCAGAGACUGCAGAUGUUG